GCUUAUUUUUUUCAGUCUACGACACGCAGUUAGUAAACGGGGAAGUGAAUUUACUGCAAUUGGAAAAGUGAUUUUACUGCAGCGGAAAAGUUUGAUAAUUGUGUAGGAAAUAAAAUAUUAAUAAACUUAAUUGUACAUACAUAAAACUGUGCUAAAACAAAAUAAUAAUAAGUUUGUGAGGGUACGAAGAAGAAAUAUUGUUUUCUAGAUCGCCAUUUAGAAAGUGUAUAAAUAUACCAACACUAAGGCAGAGUGCGUACAUUGUGGAGAGUGUGGAAUGUGAGGGUGUCAAGGAGUUACCGUACUCGGAGAGAAGAAACAUUUUGGAGACUCGUAUCAACCCUGUGUUAUGGAUAACUCUCCACAAAAGUGGCUCUGAAAGAAAAUAAAAACAAAUUUAAUUUAGUGAAAUUAUUUCACUGAAAUAUCCCAUCAAAAGAAGCAGUCUAGUGAUUCGGUUGUGAAUGUUAAAGUUUGAUAAUUUUUGGGCUACAACGUUCUAAGUGUAUAUAAUAAAUUGAAAAAAGUUGUAGUGCUUAAGGAGUUUAAAUAAUAUUGUUCAAUUCUUGAACUUCAAAAGAAAAACGUAGUUACAUUUCAACUCGUUUCUUACCAAAAUUGUAUUCGUCGGGACAAAUCGAACUCGCUGAUAUUUUGACGAGAAGCUAAUCGGAAAAUUACGGUUUUUGUUUUGUUGCCUCAAAAAUUUUUAGCAACAAUUAACGCGAAUUCAACAAGCAUUGGUAAAACGUCUGUAAGGAGUUAAUAUCUAAAGCAGAAAGAGAAACAUAAAAAAUAUUGGACAAGUGAUGGAAGUAGCUUUUAAUUCGGUCGUGGCGUCCUCGACGCAUUCUUUUCAAUUGUUAGAUGGCCGAUAUGCGACAUUGUUGGAAAGUAAUAAGAACAAAAACAACAUUAAUACAGCAAAUAACGGCGUCAUUGGCGUUAGUCAAAGCAUUUUAAGUUUUUUUGAAGCACCUAAGAAAUUCAGUAAUGAUAGAGAGGCGAUAACGCUUAAAAACGCACUGAAUAUGAACACCAACAAUGACAAGGAAAUUGAUGUUCGGCAUUUGAUAGCAAACCAAGAAAGUCAACUUCAAUUACUCCAGUGCAAUAACAGUAAUCUGCCUUUGGAAAGUCAGAAGGCUACAAUUCCUUUAACAACUACGACUGACUUAUUGGCUGCUUUAAAAAUAACAAAUACAAAUACCAAAAUAAAUGAAAAUCGACAGAACAGUUCAAAUGCAUCGAACCUUACAAAAUCACCACCAUCAGCGCCGCUACCAACAUCUUUAAUUGUAGAAAAAACCACAACGAAUUCCCAUAGCUCAAUAUUGAAAGCAGUCUCAACUGGAACUCCAGGAAGAAGCAACAAUUCUGUGGUUAGUAUAGUCACCAAGAAUGGUUUACAAAUUCCGUCCGACAUACUUGAUGAUUUGGCAAGUCGUUUUAUUAUUAAUGUUCCUGAUAUGGAAUUGAGCAAUCUUAUUCGCAUUUGCUUUCAAAUUGAGUUAGCGCAUUGGUUUUACUUGGAUUUCUUUUGCGCUGCAUCUGGAGAUAACCCACACAGCGAAGAAUUGAAAAAAAGAAAAUUACCAACAUGUGGUAUGAAGCAGUUCGCGAUACAGAUAUUCAAGCAUAUUCCAUUUCUACGUGAACAUUUACCGUCGAUCGAUAAAAUAUUAGAUGAUUGGAAAAAUUAUAAACUCGCAGUUCCCACAUAUGGGGCUAUCUUAAUAUCUGAGGAUCUCAAUUAUUGCCUUUUAGUGCAAUCAUAUUUUGCAAAAAGUUCAUGGGGCUUUCCGAAAGGUAAAGUCAAUGAAACCGAAGAUCCGGUGCAUUGUGCCACAAGAGAAGUAUAUGAAGAGACUGGCUACGAUAUAACGAAAUUAAUAGUACCAAAUGACUACAUUGAGGCUGUUUUCAAUUAUCAAUAUACACGCUUGUAUAUAGUGCGCAACGUAUCACUUGAUACACAAUUCUCACCGCGAACUCGCAAUGAGAUAAAAUGCUGUGAUUGGUUUCCGAUCGACUCGCUGCCGGUCAAUAAAAAUGAUGCCAUAUCAAAAGCCAAAUUGGGUAUAAACGCCAAUUCAUUUUUUAUGAUAAUGCCAUUUGUUAAACGGCUUAAAAAGUGGGUACAUGAUAAGCGCUCGGGAAUAGAGACUAGACGUAAAUUUUCCGGUGGUGGCAGAAGUAUCUCGCCCGAAACAAUGAAUUCACCAACAUCACUGUGGACAACAGUAACGGCAGCCACCCCCACUACUCUAGGUGGAAGCAAUCAAAAUAAUAUAAACCAAAAGCAAACAAAUGUGAAUAAUAGUAGUAAGAAAAAUAAACAACAUACAAUUAACAUCGAUGAUAAGCCUAAAGCUUCAAAUAUUAAUGCAGGAACUACUUGUAAUAAUGGGAAUAAUAAUGGAAUACUUGCCAUACAAACAAGUACCAAUAAAAAUAAUAGUAAUCGUUCAAAAAGACAACGCCAUAAAUCUAUGGGGGAUUUGGAUUGUAAUUCAAAUAACAAUUUUAAAAAUUCAGUUCACGUAACAGCUGUUUCCGAUGGUGUUGAAUCGCCAACCGAACCAACAUUAAAAGUGGGAGACUCGGGCAACUGCAGAACAGCCCCCAACCAUAAACGCAAUGGCAGCUCAGCAAAACAUCUUGCUGCCGGCAAUAACAAUAAUAACACCCACAACAACGGUGUAGGCUGCACUCCAUCAAAACGCCAAUUGUCUCACAGUCAAAGUCAAAAUGGCUGCAACCAAAGUGGAGAAAAGAUUGUCAGCUCCUUCGAUUUGAUACGCAAAGAGAGACAACAGCAAUUGAAGGCAGCAGCUCAAGCUGAAAAGGCGGCAAAAGCACAAAGGCAGCAGCAACAACAACAACAAAGCAAUGCCAAUUGUAAUAACAGCGGACGGGUGCGCGCUAAAUCGCAGGGAGAUAAAAUGUGCGUGCAAAAUACUAAUAAAACUAACACCAACAGCAAUGGUGGCAACAACAAACAUCGUGUACAAAAACAAAUCUCAAUGAGUAUUGUCAACUCAAAUGCAACAGCCAAUAAUGAUAAUAACAAAAGCAAUCGUAACAAUAAUGCCACCCACAACACUGCCACCCAUAACACCAGAGUUGCAACAAGCCCUACAUCAUCGGCUUCCAGCUCUGGUGCAGAGCUACUGGCAUUUGCAGCCAAAUCAUCAGCGGCUCCUAGUAUGUCUGCAACAACGAAUUCGGCCCAGAAACCCCGUCCGGCAUCAGUAUCUUCACAUUUCGCAACAUCCCCUAAUUCGGUGGCUUCGGGCACGAAUUUGCGCAUACUAAAUCGCAGCACAUCUUAUCAGCCACUGACGGAACAACAAGAACUGCAGACAAAAACAAAGCAGCCAGAAGUUGAAAACAAUGAAGUGCCACGCCAGCAGCAAGCACAAUUGAAAUUCACACCAAGUUUCAAUUCGUGGACAAAUUUUUCAUUUACAAAAAAUUUUAUUGCAAACAUAUUUUGUUAGAAGUACACAAAUCGAUCUACUAGUAUGUUUAGUAGAAUUGCAGAUUGAUUGAAGAAGAGUGAGGUGAAAGCGGAAUUGUAUGCGUGAUUUUUAGGUUAAGUGUGCGAAGGGGGUAUCCAUUGGAGGGGGGGAACAUAAGAAGUUAAAAUUCUUGUAUUUGGUAUUAAAAUUUUUACGGUUUUACAACGAAUAUGUGAGCAUUUUCAAAAUAUCGAAGUGCAUGUUAUUGAUAAGCGAGUCUAUGCGAUGCUUGGUGAUAUCUGAGAUAUUUGAAAACAACAAUAUGUAUAUAAAGUUCCAAAAAUUAAACAGACAUUACUGACAUUGAAUAAUCAUUUAUUUGAAUAUGCUACAGGGAAUUUUAGCUUUUUAUGUUUUACCGCGCCAACACUUCGUGGAUGUAGCUGUUUUUUUUUCUAAGUGUACCUACUAGAAAAUCUACUACUUUAUUUCUAUUGAUUUUUUUUUCUAAUUUGAUAUUUUUUCUCUUAAUUUUUGUAAAACUGAAGCGUACAGACGAAAUCUAAGCUUGACUUCUAAUUUUAGUUUACUUUAUAAAUACAAAAAACAUUUUCUUUUAUUGGAAAACAACGAUUUUUCAAUACAUUUAUGAAACCUUAACAUGUAGAUCAUUGUGAAAUUUAGGUUAUCCCAAUGAACAAAUAUUAGGAUAAUUAUAAAUCAGUUGAUGAAAAUGCCACCUACAAAUAGUGAGAAACCGCUAGACGACUCAUAGGUAGGCCAAAGCGUAUAUGUAGCCAUAAAUUGAUGGUAUAUAUGUAUGUAAGAACUAACUUAACCAUCAUUUCAUUCCAUCAUCGUGCUCUACCAACGCCUUGUGAUAGUACAAUAAAUUUUACUUUUAGUUUUAAUGAUAACUCAUGUAUGUACUGAAAUGUAAAAAAAGUGCAAAGUAACUUGUCGUAUGCAGAAAUGAAAUGCCUAUUUUUGUCGCUCUAUAUAAAAAAUGCUCUUAUUAAGCUCUUCCAUUACCAAUAUUGAAGAUUAAUUUCAGUACAAAUUUUCUUACUGUUUUCAUGUGGCAUUUGAGCGCAAAAUAAUAAUUGUACAAAUGUACCUCGAGUUUAUUGCAUUUUUUACUAUUACUCAUAAUUAUGUUCAAAUUUCCUUGGACAAGAAAUUUAUUUACCGUAACAUAUUUUUGUUUGUGAUUUGUAAUAAUUAAACUUUUCCCGUUGAGUUCCUUUCUAGUUGUUUAACUUUCGACAUGAGUUAAAAGUGCAAAAUUACUUAGAAUACAUAAAUAUAACUGAAAUCGAACAAGAGGCACAUACUGCUGCGCCCUUUAGCACGAAAUUUAAUUAUAAUUUGAAGUCACCUUUAAAUGUAACUUGAAUUGGCUUUAAGAUGAAUGAAAGCAUUUUCACAAUUGAUAAAUUUUAAUUUAAUUUUUUUAUUCACUUUUAAGUAAAAGAAGUGCGAAUAUUUUUUGAUGUAGAAUCCGUUCGCAAAAAGAUGAAGAAGAAGAAUAAGAUGUCGGGAGUCGGUAUUAAUUGUGUUUGCACUUAUUAUUUACACCACGUUUAUUUUUUAUGGUUAAAAUUUUAAUUCUUUUGACACGCAUGCGUAAAAUUAAGCGCAUGUGCUAUAAUUAAAUACUAAGUUUUUAAGUAUAUAGACUGGUUAAAAUAAUAAUUCAUUUACUCGUACGUUUUAUAUGAAAAUUUUCUUUAAAAAAUCUUUAUAUAAAUGAAUUCUACUUCUAUUUUUUAUUUGAAAAUGCAAUAACUAUAUUUUAAUUUGUGUAUAUUUUAAUGAUAGUUCUAAAAAGUAAAAAGUGCAAGCACAUUUAAUACCAAAUGAGCCAAAUAACAAGUGUCGGUUUUAGAAAUCAUUUAAUACAUUUAUGCAACAUAUCGUUUGUUAAUGCUAUGCAAUAACACCUGAGUUAUAAGACUACAUUUUAAGAUUUAGUUUUAUAAAGAAUUUUAAUUACAAAUAACAUAUAGAAUGUGAGAGUGGUUUCUUCAACCGGCAUACGAUGAUUUGGCGCAUAAAAAAAUUUAAAAAACAAAAAAAAAAAAUGCUCACUCCUCACACAUUUCAAACAGUAUAACGCAAAAUAAACCAGCCCAUUCAUUGUCUAUUGACCAACCUAAAAACUUUAAAUCCAACACACUGCAAUAGCUUAAUAGUGAGCAAAUCCGAAACGCAAAACGACCCUUAAAACAAUAAACCAAAAAUUUGACAAAGUACAAAAUAAAAGACGAAUUUGUUACACUUUAGUAAAUGCCUGACAUAUACUUUAUCAAUAAAAUUUCUAAUUAGUUUGCAGGUCAAAAUGAACUUCCAUUUUUAUAACUUAAAAAAUAUUUUUACUAGCCACUUCAAUAAUAUCUUGUACAAUUAUGCUUACUUAGAUUCAAAGCUCUUAAUACUGUUAGCAACCCUUUGCCUUUUCAAUUAAGCUUGUAAAUUAGCAAUAGUGGAAGUUUAGUUGUCACCUGAGUGAGCAGAAGGAGUAAAUGCUUUAAUAUUUUUUUGUAAAAAAUACACGUGGUUAUGUGCAACAUUGAAAUAUUUCAGUAACACCAUCACCUUGUUACCUAUAAUCACAUUAUAUAACAUCUACCAGCUUAAGUGUGUGCUAAAUAUUGCUUUAAGUACGUUUAUUUAAUAGUGAAUUGUUGUUAUUGAGCGUAAUUACAUGCAAUGAUGUGAUAAGCCCAAAGAGCUAAUACUUACUAUUACUAAAUUUAGAGAUUAUAAAACUCAAACGAGACAUAUGUAUUUAAAUUUUAAAGUUAACGACGCAACCCAUAAAUUGCAACAAUUCAAAAUUACCAGUCACAAUUACAAAAAUAUGUUCUAAUUAAUACUACUUUAUAAAAUAUUUGUUGAAAAAUAUGACCUUCCUAUGAAUCAGCUUCAUUUAUUUAUCCUAUAAUGUAUUUAUUUAUGUAAUAAUAAGCUAUUAGCUAUCACCAAUUGAAAUAUUAAGUUAACAUUGUCCUAACGCCAUGCAUAAUUACUUUCCAAAAGUAUUUAGACUUUGUUCCUCUCCUGCUUGAUGCAAUUAGCUGAAUAUAUUUAACGUACACAAACUACGUUUAUGUGAGAAAAAUUUUGUAUAUAUAAACUGUUUCGAAAAUAUUGUAUUAUUAUGUGACACUAAUCAUUGUUAAAAAUUCUAAAUCAUCUGUGUUAAUAAAAGUCUUUUUUUAUUUUGUA